GCCACUUGACCACAUGGCCGAAGCCCCGGCGUCCUCCCCGCGCCUCCUGAUGCGGCGCUUCUGGCAGGAGCAUUCGCGGGAGGGCUCCUUGCGGGAGAUGAUGCUGGACUCGGGGGCCGAGGAGCUCACCCAGGAGGACACCCCCGAAAUCCUGGCCCUUCUGCCUCCGCUAGAUGGGAAAGACAUACUCGAACUGGGAGCCGGCAUCGGUCGGUUCACCGGAUCCCUUGCGGAAAAGGCAAACCACGUCACAGCCGUGGACUUCAUUGGGAGAUUCCUGCUGCGAAACCAAGAAGAAAACAAACAUCGGAACAACAUCACAUUCAAGCAGGCGGAUAUUACCACGCUGGAGAUGCCGAGCGAGAGCCUGGACUUGAUCUUCUCCAACUGGCUGUUCAUGUAUCUCUCGGAUGACGAAUUGAGCGAAGCGGCCCAGAAAUUGCUUUGCUGGCUGCGUCCCGGAGGACACCUGUUCUUCCGAGAGUCUUGCUUCUUCCAGUCGGGUGACGCCCCCAGGGCCUUCAACCCCACUCGCUACCGGACCCCCGCGCAAUACAACCACCUCUUUGCUUCGCCCCAAACGGCUUCGGGAGACGAGGGCUUCGGGUUCGAGAUCGUCAUGUCCCGCUCGGUGCAAACGUACGUCAAGAGGAAGCAGAACCGGAACCAGGUUUGUUGGCUUCUCCAGAAAGUGGCCCGGAACCAAGAAGACGCCCGAGGAUACGGAACCAUCCAGAAGUUUCUGGACAACGAGCAGUAUGCGGCCCGAAGCAUCCGCCGCUACGAAUGGGUCUUUGGCCCAGGAUUCGUCAGCACCGGAGGCCUCCGGACCACCAAGGAGCUGCUGGAGAUGUUGAAUCUGAAACCGUCUCAGAAAGUGCUGGACGUCGGAUGCGGAAUCGGAGGCGGAGAUUUCUAUAUGGCGAAAGAAUUCGGUGUGGAAGUUCUGGGUAUGGAUCUCUCCCACAAUAUGAUCGAAAUGGCUUUGGAGCGAGCCCAAAAGGAGACCGGAUCGCUGGUCCAGUUUGAGCUCGGUGAUGCGACUCGGAGGAUGUUCCCGGAAGGGUCUUUUGACGUGGUUUACAGCCGGGACACCAUUCUCCACGUGGCAGACAAGCCCUUGCUCUUCCAAAGGUUCCUGUCGUGGCUGAAGCCGGGCGGUCAGCUGCUCCUCUCCGACUAUUGCUGCGGCCCUCGUCCCUGGUCAAGAGCCUUGACCGACUACGUCCAGCAAAGAGGAUACAGCCUGCUCACCCCAGAGGAAUACGGACAGGUGCUGCAGGAGUCGGGCUUCGUCCAGGUGAAGGCCUUGGACCACACGGAGCGGAUGCUGCUGGCGCUGAACCAGGAGCUGGAGGAGCUGCAGAAGAGCCGGGAAGCCUUUGUGCAGGAAUUCUCGGGGAGUGAAUUCGAAUCCAUGGCUUCGGGAUGGAGGGCGAAACUGGGUCGCUGUGCGGACGGGGACCAGCGCUGGGGCGUCUUUUGGGCCUUCAAGCCACAGUAGCCACUCUUUUCCUUUCUUUCUCUCUUUUUUUCUUCUUUCCUUUCUUUCUCUUUGCAUCCUUUCUUCUCUUUGGGUUAUUAUGAUUAUUAUUAUUAUUAUAAACCCAAGUGACAUUCUGCGCUUUCGCCAGGAGGUGGCAGCACCUUCCCAUUGGAUUUACAUAGGCCUCUUCAUGCUGUUUGGAGCCAUCAGCAGGUUAAAUAUUUUUGAAUAUUUACAUAAAACUGUAAUUUAAGAUUAAACUGUCCAACUCUGGUUAAA